AUUGAACGCGUCCACAACCAAUCAGUUUCAUUUCACGUUUCGACGACUGCAGACGAAACUUCCAACAGCCGCUUAUCAUCGAACGAUGGCACCGAAGAACGAAAAUCUAUGCGCUCUGGUCUACGGCCCAAACGAUCUCCGCCUGGAGCCCCGUCCCAUACCGGAGCCGGCCUUCAAUGAGGUGGUGGUCGAAGUGGACAGUUGUGGGAUUUGCGGAACGGAUAUCCACUUCCUCAAGGACGGCGGAUUCGGAGCGCAACGUUUGGUCAAACCGAUCGUUCUGGGCCACGAAUCAGCUGGAGUGGUCCGCAAGGUUGGCAGUCAGGUAACGCACCUGAAGGUCGGUGAUCGGGUCGCGAUUGAACCAGCUGCCGGCUGCCGAACGUGCGAUCUGUGCAAGGUGGGCAAGUAUAACAUCUGUCUGGAUGGAAAGCAUUGUACGACGCAGAAGCACGACGGAAACUGUUCCAACUACUAUGCCCAAUACGCGGACUGUUGCUUUAAAAUGCCGGAUCACAUGACGAUGGAAGAAGGUGCUUUACUGGAACCGUUGGCCGUGGCAGUGUACGCCGGAAGACGGGCGCAAAUUGGUCUGGGCAAUAAAGUGGUGAUCUUCGGUGCGGGGCCAAUCGGACUGGUUUGUUUGAUUGCGGCAAAGGCAAUGGGCGCUACGAGGACUGUGAUUUUGGAUUUGGAACAUACUAAGCAUCGUUUGGACGUGGCUAAGCAGCUGGGCGUAACAGGAGUCAUUGGAAUUAAGAAGGAAGACACGGAGGAUGAAUUGGUGAAAAAGAUUCAUGCUGUGUUGGGAGGACCUGCUGAUAGGGUUCUGGAAUGCACCGGUUCUCAGCCCGGAAUGAGAAUCUCUAUCAAGGCCACGAGAAAUGCAGGCAAAAUCUGCUUAGUCGGGUUGGGAAACAAGGACGUUCAGUUGCCCAUGGUCGAUGCCAUUUCCCGGGAAAUCGACAUAAUAACUUGCAUGCGGUAUAAUCAUGAUUAUCCAGCCGCGUUGGAAAUCGUUGCAAGUGGUUAUGUGAAUGUCAAACCGCUAGUCUCACAUCAUUUCGAUUUGUCCAACGUUCAUGAAGCAUUUCGUGUUGCCAGUCAAGGCGAAGGAGUUAAAAUUAUGAUUCAUCUUAUCCCACGUGACACCAACAACCCGAUUCCUUUCACUAAAUAAGUCAACCAAAAAGGAUUUCUUUCCUAUUGAACUGUGCAAUUAUAACCAUUAUUCUAUACGUAAUAUAUAAUUAUAAACAAUAUAGAACUAAA